CAAAAGCCCGAGCAGUCCUUGAAGCCAACGAGAUGAACAAGUUCAGUUUACACAACCUCCUCUUUGUAAUUGGCUUGCUGAGCCUGAAAGCAGCAGCAGGGCUUGCCUUCAACUAUGGAGAUGCACUGGACAAGACCUUCAUGUUUUACGAGGCUCAGAGGUCCGGUAAGAUACCGGCCAACCAGCGAAUCAAAUGGCGUGGUGAUUCUGGACUCAAGGACGGCUUCCUUCAAGGGGUGAAUUUAGUGGGAGGAUAUUAUGAUGCAGGGGAUCAUGUGAAGUUUGGGCUGCCAAUGGCAUUUACUGUGACAAUGUUGGCUUGGGGAGCUGUUGAGUACAGGAAAGAAAUCACCAGUUUAGACCAAAUGGGUCAUACGCUUGCGAGCAUUAGAUGGGGGACUGAUUACUUCAUCAAAGCACAUCCUAGUCCCAAUGUUCUAUGGGCACAGGUUGGGGAUGGAGAUUCAGAUCAUUACUGCUGGGAGCGAGCAGAGGACAUGACAACACCAAGGAAUGCAUACAAGCUGGAUCAGUAUCAUCCCGGUUCAGACCUUGCCGGUGAAACUGCAGCUGCGUUAGCUGCAUCUGCCAUUGCCUUCAAGCAGUACAACUCUUCUUAUUCUAAUCUCCUCUUGGUUCAUGCAAAACAGCUAUUCUCAUUUGCUGAUAGAUUCCGAGGUCUCUACGAUGACUGCAUCACCAAUGCUAAGCAAUACUAUGCUUCAUCCGGUUAUUCGGAUGAGUUGUUAUGGGCGGCUGCGUGGCUAUACCAAGCAACUGGUGAUGAGUAUUACUUGAAGUAUGUUGUGGAUAAUGCUGUGUAUAUGGGUGGAACUGGAUGGGCUGUCAAGGAAUUUUCCUGGGAUAACAAAUAUGCUGGUCUCCAGGUCCUUCUUUCAAAGGUGUUGAUGGAGGGAGAUGGCGGUGCAUAUGCAUCGACAUUGAAGCAAUAUCAGGCCAAAGCUGAUUACUUUGCUUGUGCUUGUCUGCAAAAGAAUGACGGCUACAAUGUCCAGAAAACUCCUGGGGGCUUAGUGUAUGUGAGAGAAUGGAACAACAUGCAGUAUGCCACCACCUCUGCAUUUCUUCUUGCUGUCUACUCUGACUAUCUCUCUGUUGCCAAUACCAAGCUCACUUGUCCAGAGGGCAUAGUUCAACCUCAGGAGCUUCUCAAUUUCGCAAAAUCCCAGGCUGACUAUAUUCUAGGUCAAAAUCCCAAGACCAUGAGUUACUUGGUUGGAUAUGGCCCUAAAUACCCAGUUCAUGUUCACCAUAGAGGUGCUUCAAUUGCCUCUAUUUUCACUCUCCGUUCAAUGGUUGAAUGCGUGCAAGGUUUCGAGUUAUGGUACCAUAGAAGUGAAGGAAAUCCAAAUGUUAUCCAUGGUGCCCUUGUUGGAGGUCCUGAUCAGAACGAUAACUUUAACGACGAUCGGUCUAACUAUGAACAAACUGAGCCUACGAUUUCUGGCACUGCUCCUCUCGUAGGCCUAUUUGCCAAGUUACACAGCAUAUAUGGCACCACAGGCUCCUAUCCAAAACAAACACCAGCCCCCUACAAAGCAACACUGGGUUCAUAUCACCAAGAAACACCAGCAGCGGCCAACUCAAAAUCAGGUAAGAUAACUUAUUCAACUGAUGAAAACAGAAGUAAUUCAACUGAUCAAUAAACUCACAAAAUCAUUGCAGACGUUCCUGUUAAGUUCCUUCACUCCAUAACUAGCUCCUGGACUGUUGGAACCACCACUUACUACCGCCACAAGGUGAUAAUCAAGAACACAUCCGCAAAGCCAGUUACUGACCUCAAGCUGGUGAUUGAGAAUCUGUCAGGGUCCAUUUGGGGUCUUUCUCCAACACGAGAAAAGAACAUCUAUCAGCUCCCUGAAUGGCUUAAAGUCAUAAACCCUGAUUCAGACUGCAGUUUUGUUUAUGUGGAAGAGGGUCCCCAAGCUAGGAUUUCAAUUCAAAGUUAUAAUUGACUCCAUUAAUCACUUCAUUUCAAAUGCACAAAGAGAGA